GUCUGGUAGCCAUGGCAGAAGUGGAGGGCACGCCCAAGGGCAAGAGCAAGAGCAAGAAGCCCCCAGCCGUGCCCAUGCAGCGCCACGGUCUCCUCGCACGGGUUGUGGCACCGAUGUUGGCCGAGGCGGCGACUUGCUCGUCUUUGACUCGGGGAGAGAGCGGAGAGACGAGCGGUUCGCCAGAAACUGGUACACCUGCAGCAGCAAGUGAAACUGGUGCGCUGGCUGGAGUAGGUGGUGUGGGUGCCGACGGCUCGGGCCUUGUUCCCGAACCCUACCAUCGCCAACACGUUGACGUCGGCCGGAUCGUGACCAAUGUGGGCGAGACAGCCGACCCGGACAUGCUGCACGCCACCUUUGAAGGUCAGACCAUCAUUGUCCCGCGGACCUCGGUCGACAUUCUCUGCGAUGAGGCCGGGAACUUGGUGCCCGAUGCCGAACGGAAGGAGGCAAAGCGUGCCGAGAAGGAGGCCCGCAAGGUGGCCAAGGCUCGGAGUAAGACCCUACGGGAGCAGAUGAAGAAGUCAGCCGACGUGACCGAGCUGUUCUCAGUCUCGGGGCCCAUCUCGGUAGCUGCCGAGGCUCGCGCUGCCGUUGCUCUUGUUCGAGUCCGCCUCGACUUUGACGAUCUGGCCUCGCCUGAGGCCGCUGGCGACGACGCGUCUUGGGUCUGGAUCCUGCCCGGCGACGUGCUGGCCGUCUCCGACUCGGAGCCGCAGACGCUGACGCUAGUGUACGGCGAAGCUACCGGGAGGGCGCCGGCCGCGUGCUUCACCCUUCUGCUCGGUUCUGAGGCCCAAUCGCGGCUCAUCGAGGUCUCGGCCCGCAUGCGGGCCAAGACCGCUCUCCUUAACGACGUCCGCCGUCGCCGCGUCCCGUCGUCGGCCGGACACGACUCAGGCUCGUCAUCAGCCUCGGACGAUGACGCAGAGCUCCCACCUCCUGCUUCCUCUGCCGCCGAUGGCGACGAAAUCGUCUUUGAAGGCACUGUCGAGAAAAAGGGCGAGAAGCGCCACUCGUGGAAGACUCGGUUCUUCAGAGUUUACCGCAACCGCAUCGAGUACUUUGCCAAAGCCAAGGACAAAAAGUCCAAGGGCGCUAUCCCGCUUGGCGCCCACGUCUCGGUCCAGAUGGUCGAGUACGAAGGUGACGCUGCCCAUUUUCGCUUUGCCAUCAUCACCCCGGAGCGGACCUGGCUCCUCCGCGUCGACGACGAGGCAAAUCGUGUUGCCUGGAUCGAGGCGCUCAACUCUAUCCUUAGUCAAUAACACACUGCCAACUGGCA